UUCCCCAAUCGACAACCGGCCAUUGUAACACAGGCGCAUCGACGCUGGAGCUCCCCUGUUCAGCUUCGCCGCGCUCCUCCCCUGCUCUCUCGCGCGUCCUUCUUCUCUGCAGCCGCAACUGCCUUCUCCGUCGCUCCCUUCUGCCUCGCGUAGCUCCCCUGCCCCCCUUGCCUAUCACUUGAAUCUCCCCUUUUUCAAUCCAAAAAUCGUUUCUUCUUCCCCCCCAUUUGCGGCUCCUGCUCGCGCACGGCGACAUGUCCUCCUGGUCAACCCCGCCACCGGAGGAGACGCGGGGCAGGCAACAGUGGCUCGCGCUGCGCCUGCGCGACCUCAGGUGCGCGUGGGCCGCCGCAUGGCGGGCCUUCACACCGGUCGUCGCCUGGGUCGUGCGCCUGUCCGCAGAGAAGGAUGAGGGGAUUCCAUUCGCGAGUUUUGUGUUAACACUUAACAUUGUAGGUGAGAGGCGGACUACCAAAGGCAGAGGUGGAGGCCUCGGGGAGCGGGGGCAGGGAUUGGAGGGUGUCGGCAUCGCCCACCAGCAAAGGCGUCGCGCACCACCACCACCACAACCAGCCGGGGCUGAAGCAGACUAGCAUGGUAACCAGCCCGACAGCUAGCCGCCGUGAGCGGAGGAAUCGUGGGCGAAGCGGACCAGCGGGGCGGCGGAGGAUCCUCUUUUCGGUGGGCAGCGGAGGUCCUGUUCGUGGGUGGACUCGUCCGCGACGCAGGAACUUCUCUUGGAGACGGCUGGCUACGGAGGCUGGCCAUGGCAACGCAGGCGGCAGGAGGAGGAAGGAAGGAGACGGGGCUUUAUUUCCAGCGCUUUGCAAGUAGAAGGACAAAAAUGCAAAAAAAAAAUGUACUACGCCCACGACAUGAAUUGCGGGACGGAGGAAAUAUCAUAUAUGAUCUUAUUUAUUGACAUGGAUGACACAUGACAGCAUAACAUUUAACAGAAUAAGACAUUUACCUAUGUUACUCUAA